AUGACAACUACAGCAUUCAGGAACAUAAGGUCUCUGUGCCAGCUCGCAUCUGUCCUACUGAUUGUCAUCAACAUCCCCCUGCCGUUUUUUCUUAUUCCGCACCUGAUGUUUGUGCGCAUGGAGUCGGAGCACCUCAACAUGGGAAUCAGAGGAAUAACCACGAUAUUCAGGACCACCUCGAUGACAAACAUAACUUUGGGCCUGUUUGCAAGUUGCGGAAUCAACAGUAAGACGAGGCUGUACAUGAGGCUGUACUUUGUAACCGGCAUGCUCACCCUGCUCAUGCUGAUAACUAUGUUUCUGUACGUCAAAAUAGGAUACCAGUCCGACGUGUCCAGGCAGCUCGGAAGGCUCUACAACAACGCAUCGAUCAGAAACAUCAUCCUGUACUUCAUGGAGUGCAGCAACCAGAUGACAUGCACCAGAAUAAUCAUGAAGAACAUCGAGAUGAUAAAGUACUACUACAUCACGAUAUCCAUCCCAUCGCUGUGCUUGAACUUGCUCAACCUCGUACUCAUCAGAGUGGCCACCUCUGUCAACAUCGAGACGCCACCCCCGAAGCUGCCCAACUUCGUCGAGAAGACAAAGGUGGGGAUGAAUACGGCAUCCCUGAGAAACAAGCGUGUGGUGCCCAAUGUCUCUGCCUAG